GUGUUUGUCUGUCUCUCGGUGCAGUCGUUUCACUGUAAAACUGUCAGGAAGAUGCCGUUUAACCGCAUGGACCCGAGCUGUACGGUGGGUUUUUACGCCGGAAGCAGAGCGGAUUUCCAGGCUCUGUGCUCAGACGUCACUAAGGCUCUGACAUCAUCCGAGGAGAAGUACCCCAUCUUCACGUUUGUGGAGGGUCAUAAUGAGGAGGAGAUGAGCUGUACGUCAGACUCAUUCACUCAUAUAAAGUCCAAAGACAGGCCGGGCCGAAUCAAAAAGAAGAGCUGUUUGGAGGAGUUUGUGCUCUUGUGACGCACAGACUCUGUUUCCUGUUUGGUGCUUCAGUACUUCCUCCAGUUUCAGUCAUGUGAUCAAGACUGCCACACUCACUGGCAUGUCAAGGAGAGCUGGACUAUUUUGUGUGUCCAGAACGUGGGUGAAUGUAGGUGCUUUUUUACAGACUGCUGCUGUUAUUUUCUUGUUUUUCUGUAGUUGUCGUGUGUAAAGGCACCAUACAGGAGGAUGUGACGAGUUCGCUGAGCAGGUGGCUAAGCAGAUUACAUGUGUUUGGUGUGAUGCUAAUGACAGCAGACAGUGAGGCUCUCGGACAGACGAGGUGCAGAUGUUACUCUUUGACGGGCAAACAUGGGAUUUGGCUGUUGUAAACACUGUGAUUUAGUCUCUGUUUAUGCGCUUUGCUGUUUGUCUAACUACUGUAUAAAUGGAGAGCUUUUAUUUUCAUGUUAAUUUUUUAGAGAUAAAGUAAAACAUUUCACAUCACCUCUUUUUUUUUGUUGUUGGUGUUCUGACACACAUUUCUACCCAAAUUCUUAUGACAUGUUUUCAUUACCAGUACUUUUGAGGUGUUUAUUUUCCGGUAUUCUCGUUAUUCUUAGAGUUGAUUCUCAGAGUUUUCAUUAGGUUUUUACAUCUUUGUAUAUUUAUACAGACCAAUUUAACUUCUCUGGUUAAGCAACAAAUCUGCUGUUAACAUAAGCAACUAUUGACAAUCAAUAUCAGUUAAC